CAGGCUGCAGUUGCUUGGUGCCAUUUGGACAUUUGGCUGCCUGCAGCCUGAUUUACUUGAUCUGUAGCAAUGGCAAACAAGGUUCCAGGGAUGCUACUUCAUUCAGCUCUUUAUCUGUGUUUCCUCAUCAGCAUUCAUGGAAGUAAUGGAUCAUCAUCUUUAUCAAAGGAUGAACUGUACUCAAAAAUUGGCAACAAUCAUAUGAUUGUGAACAGGGAUGUUGCAUCCCUGAUCAAUGCUCAAAAACCAGCGCUAUAUGAAGAAUACCUGGCAAGAGACUGCAGGGCUGCUUUCCGCCGUGGUAGGAAACAAAGCGGCCUCUACAUUAUCCGUCCCAAAUUUUCUCCUUUAUUGGUGGUCUACUGUGACAUGGACUAUGAUGGUGGUGGCUGGACAGUCCUGCACAGAAAUGCUGUCAACAAAAAUACCCCAUCAUGGUCACGCAACUGGAAAGAUUAUAGGAUCGGUUUCGGAGAUCUGCUGGGAAACCACUGGCUUGGCAACGAAUAUAUCCACCUCUUAACUAGGCAGAAUUCUUUCGCAGUACGAUUUGUGAUAAUCGAUAGUAAUGGAAAAACCAAGCACGCCGAUUACCAUAGUUUUAGCGUGGAUAGUGAAGAUACUGGUUAUGCUUUGAGGCUAGGGAACUAUUCAGGGAAUGCAGGAGAUGCACUGACCACUAUGGGUGAGCCAGGAAUCCAUGACAACAUGAAGUUUUCUGCCCAAGACCAGGAUAAUGAUCGGAGGCCCACUACAAACUGUGCACUAGAGAGUGGCGGUGGCUGGUGGUAUGAUAACUGUUAUUCGGCUCAGCUAACCAGUGGCAACCAGAUUUACUGGAAAGGGCUGUGCACAGAGAGUAGCAACUGUAAAUUAGCAUCCAUCCUGAUUAGACCAAAUGGGAAAAAUUGCAACAUACCUUCAAGAUAUUAA